AUGUUAUAAAUUUUCGUUUUUUCUAUUUUGUCAUUAUUGACAUUUGGAUUUAAUGUGUUGCGGCCUUCCUUUGUGGAAAGAAAUAGAGUAGAAAUGUCAUUCAGUUAAAGGAUGAGUUACAAUUUUGGGAAUAAUUUUAACAUGUACACAAGUGAAGGAGUUGUAAUAAAUGAGAAUUCAAUAUAAUUUGAAAAACCAGGCAGAUUAGUUAUGAACAUUCCUUUGGUAGAAGGGAUUGACUACGCUUUACAAUUUAAAUUUGACAGUUUGAAUGCAAAUCAUAUUGCAUGUGUAGGGAUCGGUAGUUAGGGGUUCAUUUUAUCAGAGGUCUUGGGAAUUGAGAAAACCAAUCUCAGUCAUUUUUAAUUAGGAUAUUGUAGCGAUGGAACCAAUUCUACACAAUACCCUGAUAUGUAUACUGAUUUUAAUGAAUUUGAUUAUUAUUCUGAUGAAGAAUUUGAUGAAAUAGAUUAUUCAUUUGGUGAGUCAUAGAUGACAAAUGUUUUUGGAUAAAAAGAAUUUUAUAUGGUAUUAAGAGAGAGAUAAUUAAUAUUUAUGGAUAACGAAGAUUCUAUUUUAACUAUUUUUAAUGAUCUUGAUAGAGCAAGAGCUUUUGUUCCCAUAAUUACUAUGCAUUAUAGAAAUGAAAUUCAAAAGAAAUUAAUAAAGAAAAGAGAGUGUGUUGUAAGGGAGGAAUAUGCUGUUUUAUUAUAAUUGGUGGGUCAAUUGAAUCCUUUCAAAAGGGAAAUGCCUCCAGAAAUGAAAGCUUAGAGAGAGCAAGAGAAAAAGAAGAAGGAGACUGAAUUAGCUAAAAUGUUGAAAUAAAAAUAGGAUGAAAACGAAGAUGAAAAUCAAGAAGAAGAAUAAGAAAAGAAAGAGGAAAAAGAAGAAAAAGAAGAAACAGAUGAGGAUGUAAAAAAGGAAUAGUAAGAUGCAGUUAAAAGAAGUGAAGAAACUAAAAAGAUGCACGAGGAUAUAAAUAAUCAAGGUGAGGAAUCUAGUGAUCAAGCAGCACUUGCAAAUGCCUAAGGAGAAGAAGAAAAUUUAAAUGAGGACAAUGCUGCUGAUUAAUAAGAUGCUCUUGCUGAAGGAGAAGAGGGUUAGCAGGCUGAUUAAGAGGAUGGAGAAAAGGGAGAAGAAAAAAAGUCAGACUAAACUGAUGAAAAGGGAGAUGAGUAAAAUUAAAACGAAUUGACUGAUGAAUAAAAGUCACAAAAAAGUGAUGAAAGUCGAUCAGAAAACUAAGAAGAUUAGAUUUCAAUUGAUGGGAAUCAAAAUUAAUCCGAAAAUCAACAAUUAGAGGAUUAAGGAGAACUUUAAUCUGGAGAGCUAAGCAGCGAAUAAUAAAUGAAACCUGAAGAUGACACUACUGAAAGUAUUGUUGGUGUGUUGGAUGUUCAAUCUCAUAUUAUAAAUGCUAAAUAAUUCACAAGAGAAAUAAUACCUUUAAGAAAUAGUGUGGUAGUUGAAAAUAAAUAUACUGUCUUUUAAGAUAAUUAAAGAUUGGCAAAGGCAUUGCAAGAUUAUAAGAGUUGUGGAUAUUCCUAUUUAGAUAUUCGCCCUUCCUAAAACAACUUUUUUGUUUAAAUUUAGAUAGACAAUUUUGAUGAUUUAUAUGAUACUUAUCCUGUGGGAUUUGGUGUGUAUGCUUAUCAGAUGCUUGAUAGAUUAAAAGGAUGGAGAAAUUUGGAUGAUUAACUUUGGUGCAUAGAUAAAGAGAGUGAAGAUUUAUGGCAAUUUGGUGCCCUUUAUAGGACAGAUGGGACAUUUAUUGAUAGUUAUAUGUUUGGAGAGUACUUCAAAUAUUAAGUGGAUAAAUAGGCAUAAAGGCAAACUAAAAUUAAUAUUUAUUUUUCGAAUAAAAAUAGAGUAGCAUUCAGUUUCGAUGAUGAGAAAACUAUUAUGUUAACUUGUGUAAACCCAAAGUUCAAGUAUUAUGUUCCCAUUUUUGAAACUAAGGCUUAUAAAGGUGUUCCUUCAAUGACAUUAUUGCAAUAUGUUGAUGACAUUUAAAUUCCAUUUGAGUAUUCUGAUAGCAUAGAAAAUAUCCAGAAUGCUUUUAGUAAAAUCUUUAGUUUGAUUAACAAGUUUAUAAUUGAAAAAAGAGGUUCAUUUAAUGAAGAUGAUGAUGAUUACACUAUUUCUGGCAUUGAUGAUGAUAAAGGUGCUUCUAUUAAUAUGUGGGAUAUUAAAUUAUAUGAUGCUCAAUAUGAAUGGUGGAUUAAGAUUGAUGACUUAAAGCAAGAUAAACAGGAUAUUAAUAUAUGUAUUGGAGUAAACUAAAUGAGUUCUGAAGACAUUCUAACUAAUCUAUUUGAUAGACAAUACAAAGCAUAGGUUGCUUAUAUUUGUGAUAAGAAUGACUUUAUUCAUACAUUUUUUUAGGAGUGCCCAAUCAGUUCAAAUCCUAUUCUCUUAGUUCCUGGAAGUGUAUUAAGAUUUAGAUUAAGUGAUUAUCUGAUGGAAGUCUAUGAUGGUUAUCAAUUUGCUUAUUUCUCUCUUCGAAAAACAGGCAAAACUGGAGUGAUUCCAAGUGCUAUUAUAAGAUCUGAUUCUAAAAAUAAAAUCACCUUCUUAAAAGGACCAAUUAACUUUGGACCAAAUCCUUUGGCUGAUAGAGUCGACUAUGAAUAAUUAAACAGAGAAAACUUUGCUAGUUAUGACAUCUUUACAUUCCCAAUAUUGGAAAAUGCUAAAAAUGGACUAUUUAAAUCUAAUACUAAUGAGCCUCUAUUUAAAAAGAAUCAAGUACCAAAACCAGGAAAAAAAGAACCUCCUCUGGGCAGGAACUAUGAGACAGAACAAGAAGAGUAAAAAGUUGAAGAUCAAACUACUCAUCAGGAAUCUAAUAAAGAAGAGGAAUAAAAGAAUGUUGAAAAUGAGGAAGCCAAAAAAAUAGUUUCAUCUAAUGUUCCAAGUGAAGCACAUGCAGAUAUUCAUGGAGAUACUAAUGUUAAAUGUUUGAUUAUUUAUGAACAUUGUGAUUUUGAAGGUCCUAGCAAAUUGUUAUAUCCAAAUAGGUUCGAAGCUGGUCCACCUAAUGAAUUUAGAUCUUUUGAACUUUGUAGGGACACAAAACUCAUUGAAAUUAUUAUUGAAGGACAUGUUCAAGAAAAGAUGUUUGUGUCUCAAUCAGUUGAAUGUCUCCCUAGUCCAUUUUUUGUAGAUGAAAUUAUAAUUAUGUGA